AUGCAUCUGUCAAGAAAAUUCGAAAUAUUACUAAAGAAAAAGUUCAAACAAAAUAAUGAGAUAACACCAGAAGAGAAGAAAGAACACCAAACAAAAACGCUAUUAAACUUUUCUGGUAUUGAAAUUCCUGAUGAAUUUAUUCCGUUAUUGUCAAAGGGUCUCGAAUUCAAAAUUUCAACGAAGAAAUUACCUAUAAUUGACAUGGUUUGUGGAAUCGAAGAAGCAGCAAAAUCGUUUUCUUCACCUUCAAUGGCAAAUGGAUUUCGAUUUGAAUGCAAAAGAAUUAUGGAAAAAGGAAAAAACACUAAAUUAACAAAUAUUACAAAUGAGCUGUGUAAUGGGUUAAAUGAAUGGUUGAAACAAAAUAGACUUAUUUUGAUCGAAAACGACAAAGGCAGAGCAACAUGCAUAAUUUCGCAACAAAAAGUAGACGAAUUAAUUAAUCAAGAAUUAUCCAACAAAGAGAGAUAUGUAGAACUGAAAGGUGAUAAUAUUGAGAAAGCAAAAACGGCUAUUAACAAGGAAAUUGCAAAUCUCCGAAAAGAAAACAUGUUAUCGAUAGAACAAAUGAAACAAUUAAAACAAAUUACGCCGUCAACACCUAUGGCAAGACCAUCAUUAAAAACUCAUAAAAACCCACUAAAGGUCAGACUUAUAAUAAACACUCAAGGAUCUGUAUUCUACAAAAUUGCUAAAUUUGUUAGUAAAGAACUUAAAUAUCUAACAACAUCAGCAAAAUCAUACAUAAAAGACACGGAGCAAUUUGUUAACAAAGUAAAAGAAAUUAAUUUGGACGAGAAUGAGAAGUUGGUGAGUUUUGAUAUUGCAGAUAUGUACCCUUCCCUACCAAAAUCUGAAGUCAUACAUGAAGCAGAAAGGAGAAUCAGAGAAGACACUUUUAAAACAAAUGUUAAUAAAGAAGCCUUAGUACGUCUCGUGAAAAUCUCAGUUGAAUUUAUGACCUUCAAAAUAGGAAACAAAUUCUACAACCAGGCGGAUGGUCUCUUCAUCGGAUCACCUGCGUCGCCAUGUUUUGCCGAAAUCUACAUUCAAAGAAUAGAAGAAAAUAGUAUCUACUCAAUGUUACACGCACCAAGAAUUUGGCUAAGAAAAGUAGACGAUACGUUCACUGUUACAAAACAUAAAACCGAGGACACCUUAAAUGAGCUGAAUAACAUUCAUUCAAAGGUAAAAUUCACAGCGGAGGAAGAAAAGGAUGACCAGAUCCCAUUUUUGGAUUGUUUAAUAAUGAGAAAAGAGGACAAUACAGUGAAAGCAAAAGUGUAUAAAAAACCUACGCAUACGGGACAAUACACUAAUUAUACGUCAAACCAACCUUUACACGUAAAAUUAUCGACAAUUAAAACUUUAACGAGAAGAGCAAAAACCAUUUGCACAGAAGAAGCAGACCUCAAAGAAGAAUUGAAUUAUAUACAAAAAACUAUGCAAUUAAAUGAGUUUCCCAAGAACAUCGUAACAAAAACGAUAAAAGAAACAUUAAACAAAGAAUGUAAUGGAAGAAACCAGACAGAUGACGACACGAAUUCAAUUCGAUUGUUUUUACCCUAUGAAAAAGGCAUCUCAGAACAAAUCGCCAGAGAGAAACAGGAAGGAAGUUGA